UGGAAUGGGUGAGGGGCCGGGCCGAAAGUCCUCUGCGGGGACCUUGCGCCGAUCCCGACGGUUUGGGAAAUCAAAGCAAACAAAACACCAAAUCAGCAAAGCACCAUCGACGAAGCCAAAUUACAAGACAGAACCAAUCCCAACAUGGCCCCGGACGGGCAAGAACAGAAUACCCAGCGUCGAGCACGCUCGACCUCGCGCUCCCGCCCGACGACCCCGCUCCGGCCAUCAUCACGGGCUUCACUUCGCGACUCGGCUCGCAGCAGCGUGCAUGGCGAGUCGGCCUCGUUCCCGCUCAAUGCGUUUGAGCCAGCCUUUGCCGAGUUGUCGGAUGCUGUGGCCGACCUUGAAGCCAAUAUGAUGCACUUCCAGCUGAUGCACGAGAGCCUGGCGCGGUUUAGCGAGAGCUUUGCGAGCUUCCUGUAUGGGCUGAACAUGAAUGCCUUCUGCGUCGAUUUUCCGGAGGCCCCGAUGGCAGAGUCAUUUAGACGGAUGAAGUUGAAGGAGGAGGAGCAGCAGGGUAGGCGGUGAUGCGCUCCGGAUGCCAAACGUUCAUUGCUGACACACCACCAGCCAAUUCAAGGGUCCUUGAGAG